CGAAGCAGUUAGCGGGGAGGCGCUUGGUGACGCGUUGCGGUCUCUGAAGGCUCAGGCUCCUCCCUUCCCAUCAUGGCGGCCUCCAUGGCUGACAUGUUCUGGCGGUGUGCGGUACCGAAGGCUGCCCAGCGAUCGGUGGAGGUCCGGCAUAUCGGCAGCGGGAAGGGGAAGGGGCUGUUUGCCACUCGCACUAUCCGGAAAGGAGAGACCAUCUUCCAGGAGAGGCCUCUGGUGUCUUCCCAGUUCCAGUGGAACGCCUUGUACCGCUACAGAGCCUGCGACCAUUGCCUGCGAUCCUUGGAGACGGCUGUGGAAAACGCCAAGAGACUGUCUGGAAAUGCACACGUCAACCUUCCGCACCCCGAGCUCUGUACCAUUCAGAACGGCCUCCACCAGCAGUGUCCGGAUUGCCAGGUUUCAUACUGCAGUGCGGAAUGUCUGAAGGCCGCCAGAGACCAGUACCACCAGGUCCUGUGUCUGGGAUCCGCCAGGGACAACCCGGCUCACCCACUCAACAAGCUGGAGGAAGCCUGGAGGAACAUGCAUUACCCUCCGGAGACCGCCAGCAUCAUGCUAAUGGCCAGGAUGGUGGCCACUGUUAAACAGGCGAAGGACAAGGACUGGUGGCUCCAACUUUUCACCCAGUUUUGCAGCAAAACGGCCAAUGAAGAGGAGGAGAUCGUCCACAAGCUCCUGGGUGACAAGUUCAAAGGUCAGUUGGAUCAUCUGCGACGUCUCUUCACAGAAGCCCUGCAUGAGGAGCGAGUGAGCCGGUGGUUCACACCAGAAGGCUUCCGAUCGUUAUUUGCUCUUGUAGGAACAAACGGGCAGGGGAUCGGCACAAGCUCCCUGAGUCGGUGGGUUCAUGCAUGCGAUGCCCUGGAGCUGCCAGCCCGGGAAAGGGAACGUCUGGAUACCCUGAUAGAUCAGCUCUACAAGGACAUAGAAAAAGAGACGGGAGAGUUCCUGAACUGUGAGGGGUCUGGAUUGUUCCUGCUGCAGAGCUGCAGUAACCACAGUUGUGUCCCCAAUGCUGAGGCCUCCUUUCCUGACAAUAACUUCCUCUUACACAUGACCGCCCUAGAAGAUAUCAAGCCGGGAGAGGAGAUCUGUAUUAGUUAUCUGGACUGCUGUCAGAGGGACCGAAGCCGGCACAGUCGACACAAGACACUCAGGGAGAACUACCUGUUCAUCUGCUCCUGCCCCAAGUGCCUGUCUCAGGCGGAGGACCCAGACGUCACAUCGGAGGAGGAAGACGAGGACGCUGAGCUGGAAGAGACGGACGACGCCGAGCUGGAAGAUGAGAUGACCGAUGUCUGAGGAAAGCUGCAACAUCAGGACCUUCCAUCUGCCCCCCUCUACAGCACGAGAAUCUGGAGAUACCGACCCCCCAGACCCCCCCAUGACCAACCCUGAGACGCCCAUAACCGAGCACUUUGAUUGGCUAUGCCUUUGCCACGGGAAAACUGUUCAUUACAAACGGCGUUUUUUGCAACUUUCCCUUUCUUCUUUCUUUUUUUAUAUACCUCUUCGUCAAAUUUGGGGGGGCCAGACCACGGGGUGCAAGGUUUGAGGACCCUUCCAGAUAAAUGUUUACAUUUUUCUUCAUACUGUGCUGUGAUUUUAUAGAACCUGCAAUUUACAUAUCGCAUUAUUUAUAUACAGCCCCUGCAUGACACGAUUCAGUAAAGGCGAUCUUGCUUGGCAUCUGCA